UCUCCUAGCCGUUGCGAGGCACCCAACAGCGCACGCACCCUUGGCGUCCGCACCCGGCGACCACACCCCCAAUAAUUAACAGAGGGGGAAACAAAGAACUGAAACCGUUGCGGCAUCCUAAGCUGAGCAAUCAAUCCGCCCCCUUCUUCCCCUCCCGGUUCCACAGAAUCCAGUGGCGAUUGCGAGUGCAGAUCAUCAGUGUCACUCACAGAGAGUGAGUGAGGGAGAGGGAGGGACGGAGCUGAGGAGGAAUGGGAGGGCUCAGAUCGAGGAUCCUCAGGACCUUGCAGUCGUUCCCCAACGCCGCCGCGCAGUCCAACGUCCUCCUUGCGCUCCCUCCCGGUGCUGGCCCCUCGCCGGAGCCGCCGGUGACGCCGUGCGGCCACCGCCAAGAACCGGCGCCGCAGGAGGAGGUGCCGGCUGAUGAAGCGGUGGAUGCGCGCGAGCUGCCCGGCGGCGGUGCCGAUGACGAUGGCGACAAGGAGAACGUCUCGCCGGGGGUCAACCCGCGCAAGGCCAAGAAGAUGAAGCUCAGCUCGGACCACCAAGACGACACCUGCUACCGCCGGCCGGACCUCGCCUCGGCGACGCUAUUCGACCCGGACCUGCUCGCCGCCUUCCGCCUCGCUGUCGACACCUACGCGCAGGCCCUCGAGGUGUCCAAGCGCCGCGACGACGACGACGACCACGGGGACGGCGUGCCGGUCGGCGGCGAUGGAGAAGGAGGAGGGGGAGGAGGAGCAGGAGUCGCGGACCCCCUGGAGGCGUUCGAGCGGCGGUGCCCUCCGGGCGGCGAGCGCGCGGUGGUGCUCUACACCACGUCGCUCCGCGGCGUGCGCAAGACGUUCGAGGACUGCGCGCGCGUGCGCCGCCUGCUCGAGGGCCUCCGCGUCGCCUUCCUGGAGCGCGACGUCUCCAUGCACGCGCCCUACCGGGAGGAGCUCCGGGCGAUGCUGUGCGGGCAGGACGGCGGCGGCGGCGACCCGCCCCCUGCAUUCCCCGUGCCGCCGCGGCUGUUCGUGGACGGGCGGUACCUCGGCGGCGCCGACGAGGUGGUGGCGCUGCACGAGCGGUCCCAGCUCCGGCCCGUGCUCCGGCGCGCGCCACGGCGCGGCGCGGGGGAAGGCCCGUGCGCGGUGUGCGGCGGCGCCUGGUUCGUGGUGUGCGGCGGGUGCAGCGGUAGUCAUUGGCUCCAUGACGCCGGCGGCGCCACCGUCACCCCCGCCGGCCGCGUGGCUUGCUCUGCGUGCAACGAGAACGGCCUCGUGCCCUGCCCUCUCUGCAGCUAGCCCAAAGCGGCGGAAUGGUAUGUGCAGAAGCUUGAUUUGGGAGACAAUUCUUUUGAUUCUUUUGUCAUGUGUACUAUAAUCCAAUUCAUUCAUGUGUAAUUCUAUCUCCCCCUACCAAAUUAAGCGACGAGUUAGUGGAUCCCAAUUCCCGUGGUUGCUCUUGCUGCCAGGGUAUUGAAGUUGAAGGGGUAAAUUUUGCGGAGCAAGCUGCACAUUGUUCUCUGUCCAUCCACCAAAUUGAACAGAUCAUCUACUUUGUCCAAAUUUGGCAACUGAUACUGUCGAAAGUUGAGGUUCUGUUGCUGUCCUGAAUUCAUCAUUUGUGCUGCACAAAUGUGUGAAUUACACGUCUACUGCUCAGACAAUUCUUGACACCAAGAUCAUCAUGCAGAAAUACAAGCCCUUGUGUUUUUGAA